AUGCUCUUCUCGUCGCUGCUCGCGCUCUCCUGCGCCGCCCUCGCGGCGCGCGCAUGCCCGGACGAAGAGCACGGCCACGACCACACGCACGAGCAUUCCCGUCGCGCAUUCCCGUCCACGCAGCUCACCCCACCGAGCCGCCCGCUCGUGUGGGGCGACCUGAACGUGCUCCACACCACGGACAGCCACGGUUGGCUGCUCGGCCACCAGAAGCCGUCCUUCCCAGAGCCCAAUUACAGCGGGACUCUGGGCGACUUUUCGUCGUUCGUCGCGCACAUGAAAGAGCUUGCGCUAGAAAAAGACGUCGACCUGCUCUUGGUCGACUCAGGAGACAUCCAUGACGGAACUGGACUCACGGAUGGUUUCCCACCCGGCGGGGUGGAUGCUCAUGACUCCAACAAGUUCCUCAUGGAACUCCCUUACGACAUCAUGGCCAUUGGCAACCACGAACUGUAUGUCUAUGCCAACACGCUGGAUAUGUUCACGAACUUCGUGCCGAAGCUGGAAGGACGCUAUCUCUCCUCGAACGUCAACAUCUCUGUCUUCGACAAUCAGGGAAACAAUGUGAGCGUCCCGGUUGGCGAUCGCUACCGGAAGUUCAAGACUCGAAAGGGCCGUAGCGUCACUUCUCUUGGGGUCAUUUUCAACUUCACUUUCAACGACGUCAACACUACCGUGCAGGCCGUGGAGGACAUGGUCAAGGAGACCUGGUUUGCGGACGCUAUCAAGGAGGAGCCCGAUCUCUUCCUUCUUGUCGGCCAUAUGCCUGUCGUCGAGACCGAUAACUGGCCCACUGUCUUCAACGCCAUUCGUGCCGUUCACCCCACUACUCCCAUGAUGAUCUUCGGUGGUCACACCCACAUUCGGGAUUGCGUUCAGUAUGACGGACGCUCAAUGGCGCUCGAAAGCGGUCGUUACAUGGAAACUGUCGGCUUCAUGAGCAUGGAUUUUGACCAACACUCCACCACCCCCAAGGACAUCACGUUUAACCGCCGCUACCUCGACACCAACCUUGUCACUUAUGAGGCAUGUUACCACACCCAGAGCGACAACGCCACCUUCGCCACUGUGGAAGGCCAGCAGAUCACUGGGGGCCUCAAUGAGCUCGCCGAAAGGUUCAACCUUGGCAUGCUCUUCGGCACCGCUCCGCGCGACUUCACGAUCGAGCAAGCCCCGUACCCGUCCAAUGGCUCUUCGCUGUCGCUCUUCGUGGCCGCGAUGGAGUACGCGCUGCCGCUCAACUCCACGCGCCAGGGCGUGCCGGCCAUAAUGAUCACGAACUCGGGCUCGCAGCGGUUCGACGUCUACUCGGGGCCGUUCACGAGGAACGAACAGCUCACGGCGGUGCCGUACAUGGAUCUGUUCUUGUAUGUUCCCGACGUUCCCACAGGCGUGGCGAGGCAGGUCAUAGCCGCGCUCAACAAGCCACGCCAUGCCCUUGAGUCGCGCGCGUGGGACGAGGCGUACGCGCGCGGCGAGGUCGACAUGAUCUACCGCGCGUGGCUGGAGGAGAUGGACGAGAAAAGCUUCGGGCCCGAACGCCGCGCGGCGCAGAACGCGACGCUCGGUUAUGUCACUCAGGACUCCUGCCCUGGCGUCGGUGACGAUACCCUACACACGCCCCUGCCGUUCUUCGUCGUCCCAGACUUCAUCGGCAGCGAUGCGCCGGCGGACGCCUCGGACUCGGACCCGAUCGACCUCGUGUUCGUCGACUUCAUCGAGGACCGGGUGCUUGAGAUCCUGAACAAGCUCCAGAAGGACAAGACGUACACGACCGCGGACGUGCACCAGUACUCGAACCUCCUCUCGAGCGAAGUCCUCGGUGUAUACGCCGAGAAGUUCUGGAACUGA